AUGGCUGGUUUUGAUACAAACCUGAAUUACGGAACAUUCGACCCCGACAUGGAUCCAACUUCGGUGGGUUCGCGCUUCAGAAAAUACGUGGAAAGAUGUAAAGUUUACGCGUUGGCAAUUAACAUAAAGGAUAAAGCAAGGAAAAGAGCUUUAUUUUUACAUUGUGCAGGACAAAAAGUACAAGAUAUUUUUGACACCCUAGAAGACACCGGUGAGGAUUUCGAAACCGCCGCUGAGAAACUCAUGGAAUAUUUUGAACCCCAGAAAACAUCACCUAUUUAACAUAUACCAGUUUCGGCAGCUAACUCAAGAGAAAGAGGAGUCAUACGAUGACUUCGCUACUCGCCUGAAACUGGCUGCGGGUCCAUGCGAUUUUCCGACGGAUUGGCGUGAUGUUGAAAUUCAACUGCAGUUAAUAGAGAAAGGAAAAUCGAGGCGGGUCAGACGACGGUUGCUUAGCAAACCUCAUACCCUAAUGGAAGCCCUGGAUUUCGCAAGAUCCCAGGAAAUGUCGGAUAAGCAAGCGGAACGAAUUGAAAUAGACCGACAAAGC